UGGGAGGAAGAGUGGAGUGUGAGAGAUAGGCUGACUAUCACGGGCUGUUUGUGCAUGUCUGAAAAUCUGGAGGCGUGAGUGAUAGAGCGAUUCGGGGGAGUUUUUAUUAUACUGAAAACAGACGCAUUUUAACCAACCAAUAAAGGUUGUAACGGAAACUUUCAACUUUUACCCGCCACGGCUUGGCUUCUGUGCCGGGUCCCGGCUUUGUUUAGCGACGGCGAAGACGCCAGUACAUGCAGGAAAAAAAUAGCCAAAGGUUCACAUUUUUGUCAAGCCGAGGGAAAUUCCUGGAAUUAGAUACUAUCUGAUUAGGGGAACGAGAGAAUGGCGGCCAACAUGUAUCGAGUUGGAGACUAUGUGUACUUUGAGAACUCCUCCAGUAACCCCUACCUGAUCCGCCGCAUAGAGGAGCUUAACAAGACAGCCAAUGGCAAUGUGGAGGCAAAGGUGGUGUGUCUGUUCAGGAGGAGAGAUAUCUCGGCCAGCCUGAACACACUAGCAGACAGUAAUGCCAGAGACUUUGAAGAGGAGUCGAAACAGCCUACAAUGACAGAACAGCAGAAACACCAGCUCAAGCACAGAGAACUGUUCCUCUCCAGACAGUUUGAAUCUUUACCCGCUACACACAUAAGGGGGAAAUGUAACGUUACCCUCCUGAAUGAGACUGACGUGUUGGCCAGCUACCUGGAGAGAGAGGACUGUUUCUUCUACUCCUUGGUGUUUGACCCUGUGCAGAAGACCCUGCUGGCCGAUCAGGGCGAGAUCAGAGUGGGCUCAAAGUACCAGGCCGAGAUUCCUGACAAACUGGCCGAAGGAGAGCCAGACAAUCGUGUGCAGGAAAAGCUGGAGACCAAAGUCUGGGACCCUGACAACCAGCUUAAAGACCAUCAGAUAGACCAGUUCCUAGUCGUGGCACGGGCGGUGGGGACAUUUGCCCGUGCUCUAGACUGCAGCAGCUCCAUCCGCCAGCCCAGCCUCCACAUGAGCGCAGCUGCCGCCUCCAGAGACAUCACACUGUUCCAUGCCAUGGACACGUUGCAAAAGAACGGGUAUGACUUGGCGCGGGCCAUGUCGACGCUGGUGCCCCAGGGCGGACCAGUGCUCUGCCGUGAUGAGAUGGAGGAGUGGAGUGCUUCUGAGGCCAUGCUGUUUGAAGAGGCUCUGGAGAAAUAUGGCAAAGACUUCAACGACAUCCGCCAAGACUUUCUUCCAUGGAAAUCUCUGGCUAGUGUGGUCCAGUUUUACUACAUGUGGAAGACCACAGAUCGCUAUAUCCAGCAGAAACGACUGAAGGCAGCUGAAGCAGACAGCAAACUGAAACAGGUCUACAUCCCCACCUAUACUAAACCUAAUCCCAACCAGAUUAUGACCCCUGGUAGUAAACCUGGCAUGAAUGGAGCCGCAGGCUUUCAGAAGGGCCUGAGCUGUGAAAGCUGCCACACUGCACAGUCAUCACAGUGGUACGCAUGGGGCCCUCCCAACAUGCAGUGUCGACUGUGUGCCUCUUGCUGGAUUUACUGGAAGAAAUAUGGUGGACUCAAAACCCCCACACAGCUAGAGGGUGCUGCAAGAGUUGGCUCAGAUGCUGCCCCACGUAGUCACAUGACACGACAGGAGGUGCAAGGUAUGUCUCCGUUCACCAGCAAUGCAGGCCGGGCCAAACUCUUGGCCAAGAAUCGACAGACGUUCAUCCUGCAGACCACCAAGCUGACGCGGAUCGCCCGCCGUGUGUGUCAGGACAUCCUACAGUCUCGGCGAGCUGCCCGCCGGCCGUAUGCCUCCAUCAAUGCCAACGCUGUCAAGGCCGAGUGUAUGAUCCGCCUCCCAAAGGCAUCGAAAAACCCUGUGAAGAACCGCUCAGUGGCCCGACCUUCCCUCGUGACCAUAGUGAAAGAACUGGCUAUCCAAGCACCACUUAAGCUCAAGGCUCCCAGAGGAGCCCCCACCCCCAUUAACCGUAACCAGGGAAACCAGCCCCGAAGUGUCUCCGGUCUGCUCAGCAAGAGGCCCUUUGACAGUGUGAAAGGUAGUAAUGUCUCGUUCCCUGCUAAUGGGAGGCAGUUCACACCAGGACUGAGGACAACCUCACAGUCUGUCAUUAAACGACAGAAAGUCAACCAGGGAGAUGCCCCCAAUCCCGUGGUGUUUGUUGCCACAAAAGAGACCAGGGCCCUAAGGAAACAUCUCAGUCAGGCAGAGAUGAGACGUGCGGCCAGGAAACCCCAUCUGCUCGUCAGAAUCAAACUCCCUCUGCCCCCCAGGCCCCUGCCAGUGCCCAUGCUGCCUUCCAGCACCAGUGAACCCAUUGUGCUAGAGGACUGAAUGGGCAGAUUACAGCCCUAUGUGUUGAACCUUUAGACUUUGUCCUGACCCCCCUCCCACCUGUCCUUCUGACGCACCCCCUAAAGUUGUGAGGGGUGAAAACACCCUUUUCAGUGAACACACACACACACACACACACACACAAACAAGCAUGAUGAAAGCCUAGAAAACACCCACCCUAUACACACUAGACAUAACAGGCUUUAGGUUUCUGACGUAUUCCAUCCCUUCCUUUUUAACAGCAAUAUUUUUAACUGUGUAAUUUAAGUCAAAAAUGCUCAACCUGAAAUUGUGAUAAAGCACACUUUAUUUUUCCUCCAUAUUUAGAGGUCUAUCUUAUUUGUGUAAAUAUUUUUGACAUUUUUGAAACGUUCUACCUUUACUGGAAGGGUUGGAGGGGAAGAGGCCAGCUGUGCAGGAGGGAUUUCUGUCGAGCUUUUCUUUUUUCUUUUUUCUUUUUCUUUUUUUUUAUUGGAUCAGUGAAGACUGUGCCCUUCCUCUAUACCCUCUGGUCACGUCAGGGAGCUUGUAAGGUUUUUACUUAGUGUAAUCUUCUGUCUCAUCUGUCAACCCUAACCAUCCUUCCUCAUUCUUAUUGCUUACAUGUUAUUGUUCUGUUGGCUCUGAGGGAGUUUUGCUUCAAACAGAAUCAUUGGAAUAUGCACCCCAAACAUAGAAAAACCAUCAGCCACUUCUGAAAAAAACGUUGAGAUUGAGUGCAUUGAAAACUUGUGAUAUGAUUGGUGGUUGUUAAGGAAUUUGGGUUUUCUUAAGGAUCUGGUUCUGAAGGAACUGGAAGGCAGAUUUCUCUCAAUUUGAAUUUGUUUGACACCCAAUAAUUGAGCAUUUUUUAGCACAACAAAUAGAAUUCAGAGAAUUGGACACCAUUAGGGAGUCAUCCUGUGAUUUUCUUCAAAGUUUACUAUAUUGAAACUGAAGGAUCCUAGACAGACAGUAGGUUGAGUGUGAAUACACAUGAGGUAGAAUGGAAAGGGGAACGGUGAAGGCAGGUGUGAGAGGCUGUGGGUGCAUGUCUUACUCUGGUUCCCGAGGGUCCUGGUUACAAGCUGCCAUCACAAUUAAUCUAUGUAUUUUUCCAUGUCAUUAUGUUCUCAUUUUGAGAUGUGGGUCUCUAAAGUGUGCUAAAGUUUGUCUUUUUAGCAACGUACACAAACGAAUAAAGCCAUAAAAACAUCAUAGUAACACAGUUCUCCCCAUACAGAGCAUUUACGCAUCUAAAUUCUCCACUGCACAUUUUCUCUGUCUUCAAAUGUCAGUAUUUCAACAUGGUCUCCAGAGGGCUCCUAGCAAGAUAGUGCAGUUAUUUGUAGAUGUAGUAAUGGAAGUAUUAAGUGAGAUGGAUUUUCUAGUAAUGACUCUACUAGAUAUUUGGUUCAUUUGAUGAUAAAUGAUAUCCCAUUUUAAUUUCCUAUCAGUUCAUUUUUGAAACUUUUUUUUUUAUUAUUGUUACAGAAUUGGAUUCUCUGUCUAAUGUGACGUGAAAUUUAUUGAGCAGAAAUGGGCUCUAAUAGGAUUUUGUUGUCAAACUGCCCCAGGUAUGAGUUUUGUAAUGCUUCUCAAGUUGGCUGUGUGCAGCACAUUAUAGACUAGACGUAAAGUGCAGGCGUUGACUUGCACUCACUGUGCAUUGAGGACUGGUUUAAAAUGAUAAACAUGUCAAUGUGGGUUUUUCAGCUGGGGUGGGAUGGGAAUUUGGGUGGGUAAGGGAAUUUGACUGUUAUAUCAGAUUAAUAGGUCCAAUGGUAAGGGAUAGAAUUUUUGUGUACAAGAGAAAUCAGCUUCAACUCAAUUUCUCAAGUGUUUUUUAUUCCAAGGUCUC